CUCUUCUUCAUCUUACUGACACAUCAGAAUGGCUUACAUCAAGAAAUAUACCUUUGCACCCCUCCCUCAGACUAAUCGCGGCGAGGCGAUCAAACUCGGAAGCGAUCCAAAAGGAAAAACCUUUUUGUAUACUAAUGGCAAGUCGGUGUUCAUCAGAGACAUUGAGAACCCUACUCUCGCAACUGAAUAUGUCGGACAUUCCGCUCAAACUACUGUGGCUCGUUAUAGCCCCAGCGGAUACUAUAUUGCAUCUGGAGAUAUUAAUGGAAAUGUCCGUAUCUGGGACACUGUAAAUGAGGACCACCUUUUGAAGAACGAAAUAAAGCCCAUAUCUGGCAAGAUUAGUGACAUUGCCUGGGAUUCUGAAAGCAAGCGUCUCAUUGCUGUCGGUGAAGGAAAGGAAAGAUUUGGACACGCAUUUUCAUUUGACACCCUUUCUUCUACUGGUGAAAUUACUGGGCACUCCAAGGUGAUCAACAGCGUCAGCAUCCGCCAGCAACGCCCCUUCCGUGCAGUCACUGCAUCGGAUGAUUUGACUGUAACAUUCUAUACCGGUGUACCAUUCAAAUAUUCCAAGUCAAUCAAGGCACACACUCGCUUUGUACAUGCUGUUCAGUUCUCGCCAGAUGGCUCUCAUUUUGUCAGUGCUGGAGCCGACGGCAAGAUCUUUUUGUAUGAAGGUCAAAAUGGAGAUCUUGUCCAUGAGUUCACAGAAGAGAAUAGCCACACAGGUGGUAUUUUCUCUGUUUCGUGGUCUCCUGAUAGCAAACAGCUUAUUUCUUCUUCUGCUGACUCAACUGUGAAGCUAUGGGAUAUUUCAAGCAACAAGGUGGUCAGCACUUUUGAUAUCAACACUGCCUCUAAUGCAGUCGACAACCAGCAAGUGGGUAACUUGUGGCAAAAUGAUUGGCUCUUGAGUACCUCGCUUUCUGGAGAGAUCAAUUAUCUAGACAAAAGCAGUGGCAAGAUUUCUCGUACUGUGGAUGGUCACAGCAAGGCAAUUACCGCCUUGAGUGUUUCCAAGGACGAUACACUAUUCACUGGAUCUUAUGAUGGUCGUGUUUAUUCAUGGGAUUAUGGAACAGAAGGUGGAUCUACUUUGGCUGCACCUUUCUUGGGCCAAGGUCAUGCCAAUCAGGUAACAGCUCUGGUUGUCAAGGACACCACCUUACUCUCUGUUGGUAUGGACGAUAUUAUCAGAGCAGGAAGCACCGAAAGUAAAUCAUUCAGUGACAAGGCAAUUUCCACUGGUGCCCUUCCUGGAUCUAUUGCUGUCUCUAAUGACAAGACCACUGUUGUUACUACUUCCGAAAACAUCCAAAUCUAUGACGGUGACCUAAAGAAGAUUAACCAAAAGGAUGAUCUUGGAUAUUCCCCUACUGCUGCAGCCAUCGAUGCCAGUGGCAAGUAUCUCAUCGUUGGUGGCAAGGAUAACAAAGCUCGUGUAUAUGAGUUGAGUGAUUUGAGCUUGAAUAAGGAACUUUCCAACAAUCUUGGUAAUAUCAGCGCUUUAGCUGCUCAUCCCACAUUGCCCUUGGUAGCUGUGGGUGAUAGCGUGGGUAAGAUCUUUUUGUAUGACCUUGAAACUGGAAAGCCUGUUGUUCAGAGUUGGGUAUUCCACACUGCCCGCAUUACUUCUCUCGACUGGUCUUCCUGUGGAUUGUUCUUGGUGAGCGGCGGUUUGGAUACCCAUGUCUAUAUAUGGAACCGUGAGAAGCCUUUUAAGAAGGUCGCUAUCAAGAACGCACAUGUUGAUGCCGUUAAUAGCGUCCGUUUCCUGCACAAUUCUGAGGGACUUGGUGUUGCAAGUGUUGGACAAGACGCAGCACUCCGUCUCUGGCAGGUUACAAAGCCUGAGUAAUAUAUAUAUAUUUACAAAUAAAGCAAAUGCAAAAGGAGAGAAUUAAGCUCUGCAGGUAUAAGUUUUUUU